AGACUCCGUGUGAGGCGGGAGGGGAGAGCAGCCGAGCGGGGCAUGGAGCGGGCCUGCUCGCCGCCACGGCCACGGAGUCUCCAUUGGGGGGAGGAGGAGGAGGAGGAGAAAGACGUGGCCGCCGGCUCCUCCGCUUUCUCUCUACAGCAGCCGAGCGGUAGCCCCCAGAUGUAUAGCCAUGAUAUUGAGCUGCCUUGCCAAAAACCGAAGGAGUUUGUGAAGAGCUCUCUAUCGUGCAAAUGGAAUCUAGCAGAAGCUCAACAGAAACUUGGUAGUUUAGUACUACAUAACUCUGAAUCCUUGGAUCAGGAAAAUGCCAAAGCGCAAACAUCAGUGUCAGAACUGAGGCAGAGGGAAGAAGAGUGGCGACAAAAAGAGGAGGCCCUAAUCCAGCGAGAGAGAAUGUGUCUGUGGAACGUGGAUGCUGUUAGCAAGGAUGUUUUUAAUAAGAGUUUUAUCAAUCCCCAAAAAACAACAGAAGACGACGAUGAAUCCAAAUCGUUCAUGCAGAAAUAUGAACAAAGGAUCAGACAUUUUGGUAUGCUAAGCAGAUGGGAUGACAGCCAGAGAUUUUUAUCUGAUCAGCCAUAUCUUGUGUGUGAAGAAACUGCUAAAUAUCUUAUUUUAUGGUGUUUUCAUUUAGAAGCUGAACAGAAAGGGGCCUUAAUGGAACAAGUAGCACACCAAGCCAUCGUAAUGCAGUUUAUUAUAGAAAUGGCCAAAAACUGUAAUGUGGAUCCGAGAGGGUGUUUUCGUUUAUUUUUCCAAAAAGCCAAAGCAGAGGAAGAAGGUUAUUUUGAGGCAUUCAAAGCUGAACUAGAAGCAUUCAAGUCAAGAGUAAGACACUAUUCUCAGUCACAAAAUUAUCCAGCUAUACCCAUGCAGAGUCAUGUUCUCCAAACUGGUUUUGGAUCUAUAGGAUUAUUGGAGUCCGUGCCACAGAAUCCAGAUUAUCUUCAGUGCUGUAUGAACGUGGCUGUCUGCAAUUUAAACUCAAUGGUACAUAAAGAGGAUGAUGAAUCAAAAAUGAUGGACACUAUGUAGUUCACUUAAGACUGCUGAAGCCAAGAACUAUUUUGUUACCAGAAAGGAUUAACUUUUUUCUUGACAAUUUUAUGGGUGCUGCACUUUAUUUUUGUUUGGUUUUUGAGGGGAGAUCUGAAAUUUUGUAACUUUUCCUGGUUUUUUUUGUUUGUUUUGUUAUUUGAAAAUGUGCUGCUAGGUUUUUUUGUUUUCUUUGGAGGGAGGAGAGGUUCCAUAUGUUGCAGGAUGCUAAACUGGACUUUUUUGGCUAAUAAAUUUGCCUUUAAUCUUA